GAAAACUGUAUUUAUUUAAUUAACAAUAAAAAUAAUUUAAAGUACCGAAGUUUGCAAUUUCGAUUUGUUUUAAAUAGAAACGGCGAUAGUGGUCAAGCAAGUAGCAAAUCAGCAACGCAGAGUCGCAGUUGAGUUUAUAGCAUCGAUAGCAACGACGGGAGCGGCAAGAGCAACGGCAACAGUGACGAAAAUAAAGAAAAGUGGACGUCGAGGAAAUUAAAAAAUUUCUAAAAAUAUUUGCAAUUAAUUAAAUCGGUUUACAAAUCCAAAGUUAAAAAUGGUCUUAAAGGUUUAUGUAAGCGGUAUGUCCGGUAACAAAGAGGUCAAAAAACGCCAGCAACGCGUUUUGAUGAUUCUGGACAGCAAGAAUAUCAAGUAUGAUACUGUGGACAUUACAGAACCGGGCAAAGAAGGCGAAAAAGAGUUAAUGCAAACAAAGUCGACCAGCAAUGGUGCGACAGUCAGCGACCCAGAGCCAAGACAUCCACUGCCACCGCAAAUAUUCAACGAGACAGAAUAUUGUGGGGAUUAUGAUGCCUUUGAUUUGGCCAAUGAAAUCGAUACAUUAGAGCAAUUCUUGAAGCUGGCACCGGCCGAUACGACAGCUGUUUCAAGUGCUCAGCUGGAACUGAAGCAGGAAAAUGGUGAGGUAAAAGCAGCAGAUGAUGAGAACAAAGAGAAUGUCGAGGAAAAAGCCGAAAGUGAUGAGACUGCUAAAGCGGCUGACGAUAGUCAAGCAGCUCCCGCCGAUGCUGCGGAUAGUGCAAACGGUGAAAGCGAGACCAAGAAUGCUGAGAGUGAAGCGCAGGAAGGAGAAAAUGAUGAAAAUAAAGACAAAAAUGAAACAGUCGAAGCCGAUACGGAGGCGGACAAAUCUAUAGGAGAGACUGCAAAAGAAGAAGAAGAAGAAGCGACUGAGGAACAGUCAAACAAUGAUGCUAUAAAACCAGAUGAUGCUGAAGACGAUUCGGCCGAGACACAAAAAGCGGAAACUAAACCCGACGAAGAUGAAAAAAGUGUAAAGGCAGAAGAGGGUGAAAAUACUGAAGACACAGCCGAAACGGAAGUAGCGCAAGAUAAUUCCAGUGAGGAAAUAGAAGCUAAAACAGAGAGUGAAUCGAAGUCCGACGACAAUAAAACGGAAGAGACCACGAUAAAAGAAGAAAGUGUCACUGAAGUUGAAGAUUCCGCGGUGGAAACAGAUACUUUGAAAGAGGAUACAGAAGACAUUAAAAACGAUGAAACAACAAAAUUAGAUACGGAAAGCGAAGAAACAAGUAAUAACAAAGAUGAAACAGAGAUCGACAGCAAUGAAUCAGAAGAUGCCAAGCCAGUAGCUGAAAAAGAGGAAGAAAAUAAUGAUGAAGACAAAGAGCAGGAUGAAGUGGAUGAAAGUGAAAAAGCAGACGUCAGUGGAGAAACAGAUAACACCGGCAAUAAUGAUGCAGAGAAUGUUGAUAAUAAUGAUGCUGAAAAAGUAGAUGAUAAUAAUGAAGUUCCCGAAAAAGAGAGUGUAAAAUCAGAAGAAGAUAAAAAGGAAAACAUUAUAGAAUCAAAUGAUGAUAAUGAAUCUGCAAACGAAGAGAACGUGACGAGCGAAGAAGAAAAUGACGAAGAAGAAGAAGAAAAAAGCUCAGCGGUAGAAAAUAUUGAUAAGGAAAAAGUUGCAGUUGAUGAUGUUGAGGAGGACAAUGCCAGCAACGAUCACGAUAAUAAUGAAUAGUGAUAAUAACAUUAAAAUUAAGAUAAAUCCCUUAUGCGAUCGACUGCUUACCUUUUGGUUAUAUUACGUUAAUUCAUUUUUAUUUAAGAAAUGCACCAUCCUUAGUUCCUCCUCACUUUAUGUUGGUUUUUGGAAUUAUCCCCAAGCACUUCAUUAGUCAUUACUUGUAAAUGCGACCAUGAAUCACCGAAAAGCACUGAACGUAGUAAACACAAUUCAACACACUCCCUUAUGAAAUGGUCGACAAUGAAAGGGCGCCGCAAUCAAGACCACAAAGGGAUAUUGUCAUCAAUUCUAAAGUGGAAGACUUACUUGCGAGCGAGAAGCGUGCAGCUGCGAAUUAAACCAAUUCACUGUUAUACAUGCAUACAUAUAUACAUUCAUCAGUCAAUAAACAUUGUGUUUUAAGUUGAAUAAAUAUGUAUUCAUUUGUACUAAUGUUUUGUUUUACCGUUUGUAUGUAUUUAUUUCAUUAAUGAUUUCUUUAUACUAAUGAUGACCGCUAUUAAAUGAUAAUUUAAUUGAUUCUUUUGUUUUCAAUAAAUUUUAAUAAUUUACAUUAUUAAACAUUUUUUUAUAUUUUUCUUGCUUUCAAUGUGUCGAUUUUUAAUUGUAUAAUUGGAUUCAAUGUGUAAUACAAAACUAGCAAAAAUUGUUUGUAUUUUCAAAAAGUAAAAGUUUCGUCGGAUUUAUAUAAUAUUUUUGGAUUUCUUACAAUUUUAAUUUUAUUUUUCUCUUUGAAUAGGUAACUAUUUUUUCUAAAAAUCAUAGCAAUAUUAUGCUUUUAAAAAUUUAUGCUUAAUCAUAGUUUAUUAGUAUUUAGUUUGAAUUCGCCCAGCAAUUCUUAUCUUUUCUUUAAUAUUUUUUCCAAACAAUUCAAACACAAAAGAAAGUAAGAAAAUUGAAAACCAAAAUGUAUAAAAAAUGAACUAUAAGUAUUGUAAGAUCAUUAUACAAUUGCAAUACAUCAUACACUAAUAUGCUAAGGGUUUUU